AUCACUGAGAACGUAUGCGAUUCGCAUUUCAAACAAAUUUAUUCGUUUUUCAUUCACGUUAUUUGUGUAGCGGAUAAGAAUAAAAUAACGAUGAGAGCAAUAAAAUAAAGCGUACAACCACCAGGGAGCAAUUUAAAUACUUAAUAUCGCAUAUGAAAGAGCAUCCUGACAUCGCGAACAAUUUUACUAGAAGUGCUCCUAAUGAGGUAGAACUUUUUUGGGAAAACGUGCGGGAAGAAUUAAAUUCAUUGGGACCUCCAUCGAAAAGUAUUGCAGAAUGGAAACAGGUAUGGUCAGACUUUAAAGCUGCAGUGAAGAAGAAGCUGGCGCAUAAUAAAAGAGAACAGCAAUCAACUGGUGGGGGGGCAAAUAGGGAGCUACUCUUAUUGUUGUUGGAAGAAGAUGUCGCUGCACUCGUUGGCUUAAACGAAUGUGUUGGUGGAAUUCAAAACACGAAGCAGUUUGGGGCUCCUCGGAGAACUAUGCAAAGAAAUGAGGACGCAAUCGACGUAACCCCAUCCACAUCAAAGAGAACUCGUGAGGAAAAUAUUUCACCAAAUUUUGCCGAUGUUAUCGAAGCUACAUUUGAUAUUGAAGAUAUAGAAAAUGAGCCGAUGACAGAAGGUAUUGAUGCCCAAGAAGGACAUUUCAAAAAUGUUAACGAGGGCUUGAUAAAGUUAAACAAAUCGGUUGAGCGACUGGGCGACUACCGGAAAAAAACUAAAGAAAUCAUGAAAGAUUUUCUCGAAGAAGCAAAAAUACUCAACCAAGCUAUGGAGAAAAAUGCUGUUGAAAAGUUGAAAGUGAAGAAAGAGCUAUUAAGCCUCGAGCUUGGAGGAAUAGAUAAACAGUUGGGUCUGUAA